UACACGUGCGCAUUCUCGCUACUCCCAACAUCAAUGGCUGGAGAUACACUCAAGCAUCUCACCUUAAACCGCACUCUCCGCGGAUCCCCCUCCUCAUCUACAGUACAGUUCAGAAAUUUAAAGUACGCAACCAUACCCGCAAGAUGGCAAGAUUCGGUGAUAAACGAAACAUUAUCUGGAGAUCCGCAAGCAAUAUUCGACGCGACUAAAUUUGGCCCAUCAUGUCCUCAGAAACGUGGGGGACAGGCGUGGGAUCUAACACUCACCGGAAACAUCAAAAUGCCGCUCCAACAAGGACACGUAAAAUCCGAAGAAGGAAUGGAUGAAUUCGAAUGUUUACAUGUCAAUGUCACCGUGCCAACCUCAGGCAUGGGUACAGAGCAGAAAGGCAACCACGGAAAAGGACUGCCAGUAUUUGCUUGGGUGCACGGCGGUGGUCUAAGCAUCGGCAGUAACUCCUGGCCACAGUACGAUUUGACCAAAUUUGUUGAACGAAGUGUUGAGCUUGGCCAGCCUGUAAUUGGUGUCUCCAUUAAUUAUCGAGUUGGCAUCUUGGGCUUUCUAGCCUCGCAGGAGCUAGGUGUCAAUGGAAAUUUCGGAUACAAAGACCAAAUAAAUGCAUUUAGAUGGAUAAAGAAACAUAUCGCAGGCUUUGGUGGAAAUCCGAACGAUAUCACAGCAUCAGGAGAGUCUGCGGGUGGUAUUUCCUUGUCAACGCUGUUGUGUGCAGACGUAGGUGCACAUGGGCUUUUCGAAAGAGUUGUUAUUAUGAGUGGAGAGGCGAGUUUGCGAACACCGAGGGACAAGGAGUGGCAUGACGAUAUGUAUCGAGACCAGCUGAAGUUUCUCGGCCUAGAUAAAGUGGACGUCAAUGAGAGGAAAGCAAGACUGACUGGGCUCGAUGUGGAGGUAUUAGGGAACAAACUACCUCUCGCUCAGCAUUUCUCUGCUUGUAUUGAGAACGAAUUUCUUCAGGGUGAUUUUCGACUUGGUUCUAUCAGAGAUGGGAGCAGCAAGCACCACAAGCCGGAUUGGUGCAAGGAGUUUGUCGUUGGAGACACAGCGCAUGAUGGAACAGUCCUCAAGGCACGUGUCCUUGACACGCCCGAUCCAUUCGCAGUGUUGAAAUCUGCCUGCACUAAAUACCUCAGCUCAUCGGAAACAUCAAGCCUCUUCGCCGCAUACAAUAUACCCGCCCCGUCACCAGCACAGCACUACCGUAAUCUCCUUGAACUAGCCUCGGAACUUCGCUUCUAUGUUCCAGCACUCACUGCAUACUCUGGUUGGAAAACAGCUGUGCCCUCAAGGUAUUGUCGCAGGUACCACUUCCAUGCCCAAAAUCCAGUCGAGGGUCUAUUUACUGGUCUGGCAUCGCACGAAUUUGAUGUCGCGCUUCUUCUCAACAAUUACGAAUUUGCUUUGGACAACGCAAAAGCAGAAGUUGCGAAACAGAUGGCUGACCAAUGGAUUCAAUUUGUCAAUGGUAGGGGUUGGUGCGAGGAGGGUAAGGUAGUUGUUGUGGGGAAUGACGGAGUGCUAGCGGUCAAUGAACACGAGUAUGACGUUCAGUAUCGAGGGGGAAGAGGGAGCGUUCUGCACGGUAUGGGGGCAGAGAAACUGUGGUUAAUCGCUGAAGCAUGGCAGGGGGUAAAGAAAUCAGAAAUCCCUAUGACCAAAAUAUAGCGCUAGACUUGGUCAUACUUGACAGAGUAAAAAAAGUUUGGUCAUGGGAUACAAAAGCAAGAUAUCAAAAUGAUUGGAUCAAAUUCCCAGCGUACCAACAAUGAAUGUUCUGUGGCCUUUAUGGCACAGCAUAUAAGUAGUAGGUAACUGCCCUUUCAUCAUCUCGUCACCGUCAGAGUCUAUCAUACGACUGUUGCCCAUAGUAUUUUUCAUUUGCUCAUAAUUCAUCUCAUAACAUUUACCGAGCUCAUUUCUAGAACCCAUCUUCAUUAUGCACUCAAACUCGAUAA